AUGAAUAAAUUACAGAAAUACAUCGUCUACUAUGCCUUGCGCAAUGCUGAGGAUCUUUCCGAGUGGAUGAAGAUGGAGACGGAUAAAACAGAGAUCGAGUUGCCGGUGACGUCACCAGAAACGCGCUACCUCGUUCGUGUGCAAGCGACGACUGAGGACGGACCUGGCAUCAUUUCGGAUUCAAUCGAGUGCUACAGUGACAAGCAUUAUCAGCCCAUCGUUAUAAAUUUGGAGAGUACAAAUGUACCUAAUUUGGAGGCUGAACCAGGCCAAACUGUUGCGCUGAGGUGCAGUGCACAAGGUCAGCCUAUUCCUCGAUUAUUUUAUGGGGAUGAUGGUGAUGAAAGCGAAAUAGCAGAGGUACAGAUCACCGAGAACAUCAAUCACAUAAGUGGCUCGUUCGAGAAGAAACCAUUUACCAAUCAAACGGUCAUAUGCCGCGCGGAGAACAAGCACGAGAAUAUAGCAAUCUCCAAACUUUUAAUUGUUAGAAAACCAGGAGACACUCCGCAUAACAUUACCUGGAGCUUUGACGAGAACGACAGCUUGCUCAUAAAUUGGGAUAAAGUCCUCUAUCCGAAUGGAAAUGCGUCAUACAUCCUUUACCUUUCCAACUUCGUCGAAAGAGUAGCGGGACCUCCUGUUCGAAUACCAGAGAUUCCUUACAAUGUGAAUGUGACGCUGCAGAUAUCUGCCGUUAAUGAAUGGGGCGAAGGGGCGAAGGUUACACGAUCUACUUCAAGAAAAAUGGAGAGACAGUCGACGAACCAUGGCAGUAUGUUGCAGUACACGCUAAUCGCACACGCUUCACCAUUGAUGAAAGUGUGGGAUUGGAAGAGGAUUCACACUAUAUGCUGA